GUCUGUCAGAGACAAGAACUGCAAAUCCUCGAGUAUUCAAACUGACAAACAAGCAUUGUGCAGCACCUUGGAUCCAGCGAGAUGCCACGCCCCCUCCAUCCUCACCCGGAUUGCUGGGGCUGCAUCCAUCUCGCUCAGCUAGCUCGUCCCCUCUAUCGGGCUUUCGCAGCUAGGUGGGGGAGUGAGCCUUUUGCUCUCUCUAUCUCGCGGGGACUCGCUGUGGCCGUUCAAGGGAGGGCGUGGGAGAAGAUAGAAUCCUAUGAGCUUUUCUCAUGCAGGCCCGAGCCAAGAUCUCUCCCGCUAUCCCGGACAAUUGGGCCCGUUCCCACUCACACUUCACAACCGCUGAACGACUCCAAGCCUCAGUUACUCUCUGGUGUAAAUGCAUCUGCCUUCGAAUACAUAACCCCCCUCAUCCACCUCACUUCCUCAUCCGGCUUCUUCUUGUCUAACAUCACUUUUGCAUAUAUAUCCCAUCUUCCUCCCCAUCUUCAAUCUCAUUUCACAUCACUCUCAAACAUUUCUUUGCUAGAAGCAAUUAUAUCUCCAUACCUGUCGAACACUCUUCGCUUCUCUUCUUCUUCUUUACAGAACAAUCAUCACAAACUCUCCAGGUCUUGCUCCUUACGCAAGCCGGAUAACUUACCAGUCUGAUCCAAUGGCUCUAACAGCUCAGCCCGCUACUCACGCGAAUUGGGGUCGAUGGCCUCAGCCGGUUCCUGGCGACUUCACCUCCAUGAUGGAAUCGCCCAACUUUAUGCCAUACGACACUCGCGCUGCUCCUGCUCCUGAGAUGCAGCGCCCCAUGCAGCCUCAGUACGUUGUAGGCGCUCCCUACACCGGUGCUCCCAUAAACACCAUUGCCGCUCCUCAGUUCCAGCAGCCUGCUUUCUCCUACGUCCCAUACCAGAGCCCUCCUCCUACAACUCCCGUUGGAUCUCCUUUCCGCCCCGAGUACCAGGAGCGCCCCAUGAUGCCCGAGGGCCCUAUUCUACCAUUCAAGCGCGAUCUUCUUCAGUCUCCUGCCUCGACAAGAAGAGGCUCUCUUGCCUCCGUUCGCUCUACCUGCUCCAACCCUUCUGUCAACGCCAAGAACAUUACCUACAACGAGUCUAUCAACCCUGCCGACAGGGUCAACUUUGAGACGGAUGUCGACGAGCUCAUGAAGGCUAUCCAAACUUCCUCUGAGAAGGAGAACGCUACACAAGGACCUACUCCUGCUGCUACUCCCAACGGCGAGGGCGCCAUGAGCCCUGCCUCCAUGCACGACGCUUGUCCCUCUACACCCACAGACAACAAGCCCAAGAAGAAGUGGGUGUGCGAUGGCCCCAACUGCAACAAGAGCUUCAUCCAGAAGACUCACCUUGAUAUCCACCGCCGCACGCACACUGGUGCUAAGCCCUACGUCUGCUCCAAGGAAGGCUGUGGUCUCACCUUUUCCCAGCGCGGCAACCUCAAGACUCACAUGCGCCGCCACACUGGUGAGAAGCCCUUCCCUUGCCGCAUCUGUGGCAAGCUCUUCGCUCAGCGUGGCAAUGUCCGCUCUCAUGAGGAGACUCACAACGGUGACAAGCCCUUUGUCUGCAUUCUUGAUGGCUGCAACAAGACCUUCUCUCAGCUUGGCAACAUGAAGACUCACCAGAACAACUUCCACAAGGACACCCUUAAGAGCCUGACCGUGCUCUUUGUCGAGUUUGCCCGCAGUGGCGAGAUCCCCGAGGACCAGCGUGAGCUCUUUGACUACUUCAAGCAGCACUACAAGAACAGCAACAAAGGUGUCAAGGGCCGUGGCAAGGCACGCACUGUUGCUGCCCGCAAGCCCAGAUCACAAAAGGCCCAGGCCGCCGCUGCUGCCGUUGCCCAGAUUCCCCAGCAGCCUCUUCCCGCUCACCCUGGCUACGACAUGAGCCACGCUGGCUAUGUCAUGUUUGAGCCCCAGCACAACGGCGCUAUGCUGUACGACGACCAGGCUCGCCACAUGAGCUUCACUGAUCGCCUGUACUAAUACCACUUGCCCCUACACCGAAACAUAUUUAUGAUUUACACGCUAUGAUGAACUCUUGAUGAGCUUUUGCUUUUAUUCCCUUUUCUGCACUGCAUCCUCUCUGCGAGGUCGGGUGGCUUCUUGUUGCAAUUUCCCCUCAAAAGAUACAAAAAAGUUUACUACUGGAUCGGAUGUCUGAACACUGUCUUCUACCCCCAUUCACUUCUACCAAGCAUGAUUAACGAUUUUACACAUACACACUUUUUUUUGGAGCUCAUUUUAUUUUAUUGGGUUGGGUGGCCACCCUUUCAAAAGCCUGGAUUGAACAGCACCGCUUUGGAAGGCAAAACACAAAAAGGAUUGGAAGGCGAAUAUUGGGGAAAUAUUCUUAUGAUUUUACGGAUUGGCAUUUUGUCUAUUUUUUGUUGUUGCUCUUGUACUUGUUACUAUGUCGAUAUACGAAAUAUGAAUUAUGAUCUCAUGCACCUCGCU